AUGACGAAUCGACUGGAGAUUUUUGUCAUGUGCGUGGCCUUAGUGAUGGCCUCCGCCGGUCGGGCGUCGUCAAACGAACAAUCUUUCGUCGUCGAACCAGAGGAUCUGAAUGCGGUAGUGGACUCGACGGUUUCGCUACCGUGUAGAGUUGCCGAUCUUGCCGGACAGCUGCAAUGGACCAAGGACGAUUUCGCAUUGGGCACCAACAGGAAUCUAUCAUAUCACGGUUACCCGAGAUACGCGAUGACCGGCAGCGACGCGAACGGCGAAUACAACUUGAAACUAAAUCCUGUGACUCUGGACGAUGACGGCGUGUACCAGUGCCAAGUGGGCACGGGAAAGCGGGACGAGCCGGCCAUCAGGUCCAGGAAAGCGACGCUGACCGUUCUGGUGCCGCCGAACCGACCGCGGAUCGUGCAGGGCGAGAAAAUCCACAUCACGGAAAACUCGCCGAUCGAACUGGAGUGCAUAUCCGAAGGUGGAAAACCACAGGCAGAGAUCACUUGGACCGACGGCUCCGGUAAUCCGAUCGAAGACGGCGUUGAAUCGUCUAGCCAUGCCAUGGCAGCUGAUAGCAAACGGUUUACCACCAAAUCCAUUCUGAAAAUGAUACCGAAAAUGGAACACCACAACACGUCGAUAUGGUGUCAGGCGCACAACUUGGCUGUUGACAAAAAGUUACAGACGAAAAUCCAUUUGUACGUCAAAUUCGCUCCGAAGAUAACGCUGACCAUUGCCGGGACGUCGAGGAAGCUGGUUGAAGGGUCAGACGUGCAGUUUUUAUGUCAGACGAAAGCCAACCCACCGGAUGUGUCCUACCGGUGGUUCGUCAACGAUCAGUUCGCGCUGAGUGAAGUCACAUCUGAAUUGUGGCUAUUUAACAUAACCAGAAGGCUGCACAAUUCGUUGGUCAGAUGCGAGGCGCAAAACUCCGUGGAGAAAACCGAGGAAUCUAAAGCGUUGAACAUAUUAUAUAAACCUCAGUUCAAAAAUCGACCGAAAAACGUCCAAGCGGAUUUCGGGAGUUAUGUAACAAUUAUAUGUGAUGUGGACAGCAACCCACCACCAACCAUCGAAUGGACGUUCGAGAAAACAAAAAAAGUGAUGAGUACGACUAGCAACUUGACGGUACUCGUGUCGAAUACGACCAUAGGCCGGUACCACUGCAAAGCUAGCACCACAGGGUUCGGCGAGGUGAACGCUGAGGCCUCGGUGUCCAUGAGAGGCAAGCCGGUCAUCGACAGCCCACAGAUCCAGCACGGCACGCCGUCCGAAACGGUCCGGCUCGAGUGCGUCGCCUCGUCCGUGCCCGUCGCAGACCGAAUAGUUUGGACUUAUCACGGCACAGUUAUCGGCACCAGGAACGAUCAAAACUAUUAUUCGGUACUGGAAGACCCGACGGAAGAUGGCGUGAAGAGCACGCUGAUCAUCAGGAACUCGAGACAAGAACAGUUUGGAAACUAUAAUUGUACGGCGUCCAACGACUACGGGUCCGACUCGAUCGUCAUCGUGCUGGUGCCAAAAAAAGAUUUUAUGCUUAUCUUGGCAAUCAUUGGUGCCGUGGGCGGAAUUAUAGUCAUGAUUAUGAUUUUCUCCGUCAUCGGGUUUUGUCGACGUUCGACGUCUCAGAAAAAGAAGAAAGCCAAAUCUGAUUUCGGCAUAGAAUCGGACACGGACAACAAGCAGAGCGCCGCGGCCAGGGAAUCGGACGCGUCGUCUAACGUGUCGGACAUCAAAAUGGAGACGGGCACCGGAUCGUCGCUGAGCAAUUACCGGUACAAGAUCGACUACGGCGCGGACUCGAUGACGGUUACCACGACCGCGACCGCGGUAGACGACCAGCAUCCGCGGUCCGCCACCCCGAAGAGCGGCGGCGGCGGUAGUCAGACGACCCUGUCCCGCGGCAUACCGCUGGCUGGCCCCGUACCGGUCGAUCCCAGAUACGCCACUGCCGCCGGUUACCUGGGGCACCUGCACCAGCACACGAACGUCAUGCACCACCCGUUGGCCAACGGCUCCGUCAUCGGCGAUUACGCGGACCCGCUCAACUACGUCAGAUACACCAACAACCAUCACGCCGACCGGCCGACCAGCAGCAACAACGGCUACAUAGCGGCCGACCGGCUGUACGACCUGAACCCAAUGCCGCCGCCGCAGACGGUCAUCGCCCUGUCGUCGUCGUCGUCGUCGUCGCCGUCGCCCAAGCCGUCCGACGCGUCCGCCUCCAGGACGUCCACCGGCGGCGACCCGGCCACGCUGCUCCAAUACUCGGCCGCGUACGGCAACCCGUACCUGCGGCCGACGUCGGCGCAGUGGCCGGCGCAACCGCCGCGGCCGGUGCAGCAGAAGUACGACGCGUACGGCCGGCCCGAACCGCCGCCGUACAGCGCGGUCGGCAAGGGCAAGCGGAAAACCGCCGCAGCCGUCCACGGGCCGUCCGCCGCCGCCGUGCCCGUCGGGCCCAACUAUCACAUCGGCGUGGCCAAGCGGCAGACGCUGGCCACGCACGUCUGAACGGCCGGUCGAGUAGUCCGGCGCAACAAAGGCUGAUGAACUAUAGUCGUAUUAUAUUAUAUUAAAUAAGUUAUAGCGCUGUGUGUGUGUAUAUGACCAUCGUUGCGUGAACGGUGACAUCCGUGUAAUAGUAAAAAUUAUAUUAUUUUAUCUGUAUGAGAAAUAUCAUUAUGUAGUGAUCGUCUCUCGGACUCUUCGGACACGACGAACUUUCUAAGAACUUCGAACAAUGUCCGUUCGAACAUUUUGAUCGCCAUGUCCAAACAGUUCGAGUGCACGCGUCACACAGGAGAUUGAUUUUAAUUAUUAUUAUAUUUUUUUUUCUUAAGUGUUUUCUUUACUACUAUUUUUGCGUUUUAAAACUUGUUACGGUUGAAUUGUUUUUGAAAAAUCGGCAGGGUUCGAACUGCAGUUAUAUUAUAAUCAAUAGUAUAAUAAAAAAUCGAGUUCCACAAAACACCCCUAAAUGCCAUCGUGGCUAUACUUAAUGAUGUUAUUGUACACGAAUAAUAAUAAUAUUGUACGGUAAAUAAAGCCGCCUGGGGUUGAGCCACGAGGACCCACCCCCCCCCCUCCCCUAUCGAUCAUACCGGCCGGGCCGAUUGUCUUGCGAGGGCCGGUGCGACGAUCAAUUAUUACACGAUAUCGUAUGGUUUGUGUGCCUAUACUGUGUCGUGUGGUUUCCGACGAUUGGAAAAACGAUAGAAAACGGUUAGAGUUUGAAAACAAAUUCAAUUGCGCAACAACAUAAUGCUGUAUUGCCUUUAAACCGUCGACAGGUAAGAACGCGUCACUAACACGAACAUUUAACUGCUUUACGUCUUUUAACGUUUUUCUUUUCGUUAUCCGAACCCGACCGAUUCGAUUAUUGAACACGUCUAUUUUUUUAUAAUAUACGUCAUACGGCGUUUAAUUAAUUCAAUACUUUUUAUUUAUUUUUUACUCGUUAGCACAUAAAAAUAUAUGUAUUCAAUUUUUUUUUCAUCACUCAAAGUGUACAAACGGUAUUAAUUGUGAGAAACGCUUAUUAUACUGAGAUUUAGCCGUUUUCUUAAAAAUCGUUGGUAGUGAUACUAUUUUUUUUCUCUAUGUCGUCGGGAAUUGCACGAUACAUAAACCUACUACACCUUAUCGUAUACUACUAUAGGUAUGAUAAACGACAAAACCAAAUUUCUGUUGGACUUUAAUACGAAUUCGUCGUGAAUCGCCACGACAAUACAAUAUAUAAUAUCGACAAAAACCGUUAUCGUUUAUCUGCGAUAUCGAAACCCGCCACUGCGCACAGAUGAUACGGCUCUCGUUUGUAUGUCCCCGCACUAUUAUACGAAUAGAUUUUUGAAUCCUAAUCAAAUAAUAUGAUAUAAUAAAUGUAGGUACGCGCGCCGUCCUUGAAUAUUUUAUCACGAUUAUGUGGGUAAGGUCGAAUGCACUCGAGGCAGAAAAGAACAAUAUUGGACUCGUUAUAUAAUAUAUACAUAUUAUUAUAUUAUCCUAUAAUCAUCGAUUUUAAACAAUAUAAAACCUAUAUGUACUAACGAAUAUCAAUUGACGGUCGAAAGAAUAAUAAAUUCGUAUCUUAACUGCAAUAUUAUAUUUCAAUAAGCAUAUUGUUUUCAACUAUAACAAUAAUUACAUUGUUAUAAGCACACGGCUUCAAUUAAACAAAAAAAAAAAAAAAAAAAAACAAUGAAAUAUACAAACAUUUUUUUUCUAAAAUAAAUAAAUAGCUACGAUUUUACGUUUAUUUCUAAAUCAGUCACGUGUUUUUGUAGCACUCGGUCCACACACACACACACACAUACACACACUACGGGUCUUGGAAUAUUGUCAACUAAAAUAAAAAAAAAAAAACAUUUAAAAAUUCUACCUAUAUGGAAUCGAGCGCCGCAAUCCGAACAUAAGCUUUUUUUAAACCCGCGGAGUGAUGCGAUUCCGGCAUUUCGGUUUGGUUAACGAGUGCAGUUCGACAAUGCCCACAUAGUAGUCGUUGUUACCACGCCGACGAUGAUAAACACGUUUUUGCUGUGCCUAAAUCCUAAGUAAAGUCAAUGUUAAUCCGUAUUGCUGUACUGUUUAUACAGAGGCGGAUCGUUCUGGUUACAGGUUUAUUACCACACUAGAUUUAUCAAAACUAAAUAUGAUAUACUCUGUUGAUAAUUAUUAAUGGUUAAAUAAUGAUAAGUAAAAUUUUAGAGUUUGAUGUUGUUCUAUAUAUUAUUAUAUAUAUAUAUUUCUUUUUUACUUUUCUACACGUUGUCGCCACGAGUCUUCGACUUUUUACUAUACUGCACUCUGGUCCCCGCAGUGUUUUGACGGGGUGCAGAUUCAUGUUCCGACUGUUGUAGCUGAUGUUACUACGUCUGGUCGAGAGACACCGUUUCUCCCGCGUGUAAUAUACAUAUAGGUAUAUGACUAUUACUAUCUCUCCGAAUUUCGCGCCACUUCCAUUCCCGUCCCGACCCCGCGGCGACUCGCCGUCAAAUAAUACUAAUAAUCAUUGUUUGUUUUGUUUUCUUCUACCGGUUCCAUCACUGUUAACUUAAAAUCGUGCAACAACGAUAUAUAUAUAUAUAUAUAUAUGAUAGCAUAAUUAUCGCGGUGUGCUCGCGGGCGAUCCGUCUGCCGCUCGUUAUAUUAUGAUGCGCACUUCGACGUAGGCAGAAGCGCGCAGUCCUAUCCGAUAUAUACACAUAGAUAUGAAAAUAUACGGUAUUCCGUGAUAUACGAACGACGGAUAUCGAUGGCUCGGAGCGGUGCACACGUGCACGGACUACUAUUAUGUAAGUGUCUACUUUUUACCCGAGAUUUAACGUUAAAGUGCCGUUAAACAAAGUGCACAUAUAUACUGCAGUGGUACAGUGCUCAUAUUGAAUUCUGUUUGUUUUUGAAUACAUUACAUUAUCACAUCGUGUGUACCCGGCGUGUUUUUUGUCGUCCGUUUAGAUAUAGCCCUACCGUGAUACGUAUAGGUGGUACAUAUGGUAUAUCCACCUAUACUUUUAAAAACCGUUUUCAUAUUAAUAUUAUACAACAUUUGAUGUAAUGAAAAUAAAAAUAAACCCUGAAACCGACGAAGCUCACCGACUCAUCGAUUUCAUACGUUUUGUGACUUGUUCGAUGACAUAAUAAUAGUGCAGUGACGUGUGCUCUGUAUAAUGGUACGGCCAUCGAUAUACACAAUAGUGUUUGCGAAAACUCACCGUUUUUACAGAAUUAUAGGUAAUCGCGCUGGCGGAUGGGUAUAAUAUAUGCUAUAUAUAUAUAUAUAUACGAUUCAAACAAUCCCUCCUCGCCUACCCCCUCCCCCCCUUCCUCCCGAAAACGGUAACGUUUCGUUUCGUCUUCGAAUUUCGGGUAAUUUCGGUUUCGUCCUAAACAUUUUUUUUUUAAUAAUAUGUCUUUUAAGCGGCGGGCGUGCUACAAACAUAUUAUGAUGUAUAUUGCAUUAUAUAUUAUAGUAAUACGAGGCUGCCCUGUACAGGUUAACAAUACAAUAUUGAUAAAUUAUUAUUAUAUAAAACUAUAUAUAUAUAUAUAUG